GAUAUAUCGGUUAUACCCAGGUUGAUUGAGGCCCGCUUAUUGUGUUGCUGUCCAGGUAAUGAUACCCAGCAUCCUCUCUAGUCCGUGAUGGUCUACUUAUAAGACUACAUGGACCCAAUGAUUUAACGUCGAGAGAAGAGAGCAAAGUUGUUUGGCUUGAGACUAAUUAAACACCUUCGCAACACACUUCCCUUCGUGCGGGACUUCUUCGCAUCUCAUGACUAUUUAUUCGAAUGGAAAGUCUCAACCGUCUGAAAAAGGCUCUGUCCGCCAUGUGCUGCUCAUCCCGUUCGUUGCCGAUUUGGUUGAGCUUCUACCAGCAGGUGGAAGCGCUUGGGUCAUGUCAGAGUUCAUGCACCAAAUGCGCUCAACUCCUCAUUUACCAGACACGACCUGGCCGCAGACAGCGCACUCCGAAUCGCUGAUCAGGCUUUCUCAGUGGCAAGUGCUCACAGCCUGUAUCAUCUACGGUUGUUCGAUUGCUUCAUUUCUUCAUCGGCGACGCCUUCGGGAUCAUAACAUGUCCCCCAUCUUUGCAGCCUUCGUGUCUUUCGGCGUGCUGGUAGGAAAAUGCACUGGUGUAGGUUUCGACUAUAUCAUGCUGGUUCAUGUAUCAUGGGCGACAUGUUUGGCUAUGGUUGCAAGCGCUGUAUGCCUGCAUAUUCAGUCACGACUGGAUGAAUAAGUUGAGUCUGAGAAUGUGAUGGAUAAGGGUAUGUUAACUGCCUAGAGAGGAGUUUUAAACAUUCGGGUUAAUCCUACAAUACCUUCCUUUUCUUUGCAUUAUGGUUGGUGUAGAGCCCACCGGCGAUUAUGUUGGCCAAGCAAAGAUAAGAGCCGGCGACAAUGGUGAACUAGAUAUAUGAUACACCUACCUAUUUUUGAG